GACCUAAAUUAAAAUUCUUUUUAAUUUUUCCCCUUUUGUGUAUUUAAAUUUAUUUUGUUAGGUCUCCCUUCUAGAAGGAAGAAAACGCGUUUAACAUUUAUGACCCCAAAAAAAAAAAAUUAAAAUAAAAUAAAAAUUUGCUUACUUUCCAAAUCAGAACCAAGAAACAAGCAAAUAGAUUUACCUAAACCAAGCAAAUAGAUUUACCUAAACCAAGUAUAACUCCACUGCUUCUCUAGUAUAUUUAUCUAAACAAAAAUAUAAAUACUAACACUCUCUACUUGACAUUACAACUCUAUUUUCUUCAUAUUAUAUAUUCUCUGCAACCUUAUUUUUUUGAGACUCUCAAUCGUGUUCAUAGAAGCACUUACAAACAACAUGGACGACGAGAUUCAUAGUUCCUCAUCUUUUCAACAAUCUUAUCGUUGCUAUUCAAUAUCUUUUUCCACAAAAUCUCAUCUCGAAAGCGGUGACAAGAUCAUACUUCCUGAAUCAGCAUUGCUUCGUCUUUCUCGCAUGGAGAUCCAAUACCCCAUGAUGUUCCAGCUUCGAAACCCGAAAACCGACCGAGUUUCCCACUGCGGCGUCGCGGAGUUCAGCUCCGACGAAGGCGAGAUCUUGUUGCCGGAUUGGAUGAUGAACAACAUGGGUUUUGAACAAGGAGGGCUUGCCAUGAUCAAGAAUGUCAAUCUGGUGAAAGGAAACUACAUCAAAUUGCAGCCUCAUGCAACCGAUUUCAUACGGCUUUCGGACCCGAAAGCCGUAUUGGAAAGGACUUUGAGAGGGUUUUCUUGUUUGUCUGCUGGAGAUACCAUCAUGAUCAUGUAUGAGGGAAAGAAGUUUUACAUUGAUGUUUUGGAGACGAAGCCGGAGGCGGCGAUUAGUAUUAUUGAGACUGAUUGUGAGGUUGAUUUUGCUCCUCCUUUGGACUAUAAAGAGCCCGAAGAAAAAAAACCAGCCGCCAAGAAUAUUGAAAAAGUAGUAGUAGCUGAUGAUGAGGAACCAAAGUUCAGACCAUUCACUGGUUUAGCAAAGCGCUUGGAUGGGUCCCCUGUUUCAACCUCUGUUUCUGCCGCUGAAGAAUGUAGACAGAGUAGUGUUGGUCGGAAAAGGAAGGUUGUGAUUGGCUCCUCCAAUGUCGGAAAGCCAUCGGAAGUUGAAUCGAGGAAAGAGGAUAAGAAAGGAAGAACAAUGGAGAAGAAUAAGGAAGAAAAGGGUUUUCAGGCAUUCACUGGAAAAAGUUAUAGAUUGGCAGAAUGAUUUCAAUAUCUUAAUUAAGCUUAUUAAACUCGACUGUGAUCAUAGUUUUAAUUUGAGCUUAUUGCUACGAUGACUGAUAUUACAUUAAUUAGUUUCAUAUUCAUGUUCAGUUUGUAGAGUAAUCGGUCGGAGUAGUAUCAUUAAUUUCACAUGAUAUUCUUUCUUAA